AUGGAGCACCCACUCAACUUCAGCUGCUUUGACGAUACCACACUGGACAUCAGCAACCGGAGCGGGUCCUCUGCUAGCCCAGGCAGUGGCCGCUUGCAUCUCUCCGUGUUCAGUGUGCUGGUCCUCACGCUUUUGGCCGUGCUGGUGGUGGCCACGUUCCUCUGGAACGGGCUGGUUCUGGCCACCAUCCUCCGAGUGCGUACUUUCCACCGGGUGCCCCACAACCUGGUGGCCUCCAUGGCCGUCUCCGAUGUGAUGGUGGCAGCCCUUGUCAUGCCCCUCAGCUUGGUACAUGAGUUGUCCGGGCGGCGGUGGCGCCUGGGACGGUUGCUGUGCCAGGUGUGGGUCUCCUUCGACGUGCUGUGCUGCACCGCCAGCAUCUGGAACGUCACAGCUAUCGCCCUCGACCGCUACUGGUCCAUCACCCGCCACCUGGAGUACACGCUCUGCAUCCGGCGCCGCAUCUCCAACAUCAUGAUUGCCCUCACCUGGGCACUCUCUGCCUUCAUCUCCUUGGCCCCACUGCUCUUUGGGUGGGGAGAGACUUACUCAGAGAACAGUGAGGAGUGCCAAGUCAGCCAGGAGCCUUCCUACACCAUAUUCUCCACCUUUGGUGCCUUCUACCUGCCCCUCUGUGUAGUGCUGUUUGUGUACUGGAAGAUCUACAAGGCCGCCAAGUUUCGCAUUGGAUCUCGAAAGAGCAACUCCAUCACUCCCAUUACACCAGAAGCUCUGGAGGUGAAAGAAGCUGCCCAGCAGCCACAGAUGGUCUUCACUGUCCGUCAUGCCACUGUGACGUUCCAGACGGAUGGAGACACAUGGAGAGAGCAGAAGGAAAAGAAAGCUGCCCUCAUGGUGGGCAUCCUUAUCGGGGUCUUUGUGCUCUGCUGGAUCCCCUUCUUCAUCACAGAACUCAUCAAUCCUCUCUGCUCAUGUGACAUCCCACCCAUUUGGAAGAGCAUUUUUCUAUGGCUAGGCUAUUCAAAUUCCUUUUUUAAUCCACUCAUCUACACUGCUUUCAACAAAAACUACAACAAUGCCUUCAGAAAUCUAUUCUUUAGACAGCACUGAACAGAAAAAGCUUUCCCGCUACCCCAGAAAGCUGAUUUCAACUCUCAACUAAUCCUACCAAACUCCUGAGGAAGUUCAAAGCCACAGAUACUGAAGUGAUGCUAAAGAUGUAUCUCCGUGAUUGUAUGUCCCAGCAAUGGUCCCACUUCCUAGGCAGACUCUCCAACCCAGCCUCUGAGUUAGCUGCUAUUUUUCCAUGCAAACAGCAUGUAAGGGUUUCUCUAGAGAGCAGCAAAGCAUUCUUCUUCCUCAGUGCCCCACUACUUUCCUCCUGCCUUCUGUGAUGGUUUUGGACUGUUUGGUGGCAGAGGAGUCUUCUGGCAAAGAGUGAUACUUGAAACUCUGGUUUGGCCACUGCUAGUCUCUCACAGCAUAAAUCAACUUUGUUCCAUGUGCAAAGCUGGGACACUUUAAUUGCAGGAGUUUUUGUGAUUACAUACAAAAACAGAUAUAUUAUGGCUUGGCUGAAAAGGCUGUUUGUCUUGUCUUUUGCUGGUAGAGAUUUUUAAGUAUUUGUAUUUGGGAAACAGAACCCUCACUAAGGGUUAAAAGCAGACUCCAAGUGCAAAGUCUUUUCUCACAUGCUUUGUCAACAACAAACUGUGAUAUUUGCUAUUGGAUUCCGUGUAGCAAGUUUUAAAAAAAUUAUUUAUUGUGAAAGCUUAAUGCAUGGUGUACCCUGGAAUGAAAGCAAAUGCAUGGGAAAUUCACCUCUCGUUCUCUCACUGUUACAUGUGAGCAUCUGUCUCAGACCUUUCCGUAUAGAAACACCAGCUCUAAAUUAUAAUCUUUGUGUCUGUGUUUCCCAUUCUAAACCAUAAAUGCAUUUUAAGCAGUUGUGGGGCAGGUUUCCUGUAGCAGCAGGGGAUGCGAGGUAUUUCAAAUUGCUUGUCAACGAGGAGCUGUAUUUUACUAUUUAUGGGUGCAGUUGAGGUCAUCUUGAAACCAAAACGAAGACCCACUUAAUUUCUGUGGGCAAUGGAUUGCAGGCACAGUGAAGUUAAUGACCAGCGAUGUUUUGUUCUGAAAGCAUAACCAAAGCAUAGAGGUGCGCUUCUACAAGGACCAGACUUCAAUAUUUUUUCUUUUUGCCCACCCCUCCUCCUCCUUCCUAAGACUUCAGUGCUACCUGGUCGUUAUUGCUCUAUUGCCUCCCUGCCUUUCAAUGUCGACCACAUAAUUACAGUAGUUGUCAUUUCACUUCUAGAAUUAAAAUCAUGCACUUUAUGCUGCUCCGCUGGAAGACCAACAGGCCUUCAGAUGGAAAAAAAGUGUUAAUUUUAACUUUCUGUUCUUAUGAGGCAGCCACUGAAAUCAGACCAGAACUUAAAUGGUGGAGGAAAAGACAAGAUGGGAAUAGGAAUGACAUAAUAUCACAACAGAUAUCUCAGAAAGAUGAGACACAAGGGGAAAACAUCAAUAACUCAUGGGAAAACUCCCUGGCAUGGAUAGGAUCACUUCCUAUCCUUAGUGAAUUGUGAGACAUCUGAUGUUAAAAUUGUCACUGGUCCUUUAAACCAGGCAAAAAUCCCAGCGGAGUUGGUAAGAAAAGUCCUUUUUCUUUUCCUACUUUGGGAGAGGUGAAAAUGGAAGCAGAGCUCAACGUGCUAUCGGGUGUUGCAGCUCUUUCAGGACCAGUUAGACAAACAUCCAUCGUGACACAGAUGUAGCUGAUCCUGCCUUAUAGCAAGAGGAGAGGUAGAAUGGCCCUUGAGGUCUUUUUCAACACUGUUUUAUAAAAGUUUGUCAGAAAUAUUAGGUAAAAUCCUGCCCUCGUUGAAAGCGAUGGACAAAUUCUCAGUGACAUCAAACAAAUCAGAAUUUUAACCAGUAUGUCUUGUCUUGUAAUGUUAAUUAAUUCAAGGUGAAGAUGAGUAGGAUGGGAGCAAUCUUAUAACUCCCCUGAAAGAGUCUCUGAUCUGUGCUCACCGUGGACUAACCUCUACAGCUGGUGAAGAGCGUUUUCUUUCUUUAUUACAUAUUUUAAACUAUUAUUAGUGACAUCUUUUGGCAUAUUGAAAAUGGUAAUAAACUCUUGGGCUGCUUUUUUUACUGAGGAUAUAAAGGUUGUAUUGCUUUCUCCAGACAGUCCAUCACUAAUACAGAGUUGUUCUUUUGGGGAAUUUACUCCUUUUGUUGUGUCAAGGAUUGUUCAGUCAAAAAUGAGUUGGAAAAAAUGCUUCCUUUCCCAAGCCAGGCUUUCAGCUAAGCUUGGUAGUGCCUGAAAGCAGGUCAACGCUUGUUAGGCCACUACAGCAACACUUUAAAUACUAAAGUGCGUAUUAAAUGGGAAAUUUGACUUUAGUUCACCAUUUUGAUAACAUCAUGUCUACACAACCCUGUUUCAUUUCAGGCUGUGUCCAUCCACUUUUUUUGGUUUGCUCUUUGAUGAAUAUUGCGGAAUCUCUGUCGGUUUAGGGUGAGAUCCUUGCAUAGCCUGUGGAAUUGAAUGCAAACCCACAUUAGUAUCCUGUGUAAGUAGACAAAAGUUAAACUGAAAUCGAUGGUAAAGAUCCCUAUUUUUGCUGCAUCUCAGUGCUCUGAUGAAGUUUCUUUCAUUAUAUCCUGUGUUUAUUCAUGCUAUGCCUUAAGCAGUGACAGGCAGACAGGAGAGAAUCUUAAAAUAACACUAAUCCUAAUUUGUCUAUGGUGAAACAUAAACCACCAUCCUGGCGUAAAUUACAUCCACAUUCAUUUGGCAACCUCAAUCCCAUACAAUCCAUACUGAUCUUCUGCAAGUAAGAACUUCCACUUGGUCGUAAGUUUUGUUCCUUGAAUCUCAACAUAAUUAACAGCUGCAUUAUGGACCGAUUCCUACUGCUUUUACUUGAGACUUAAGACCAUUGGCAUUUCAUCUACAUGCCAUUCCUACUAUGUAAUGUGACCAUACAGGAAAAAUGUUAGUAUUCUGGAGACUGUGCUGAAAAAUCAUAUCAAAAAACUGCUGCGAUGGUCUGGGAACAGUGAAGGGGCACAAAGAAACCUUAACUUCUGAUCCUGGCUCUGAGGCUUUUUACAAAUCUCUCAGUAUUCAAACAUUGAUGCUGAGUGGGCUCCCAGAGACCUAAAUCAUGUUGGAAGACAUAAGCAACCCCAGCUUCAAAGGAAGCAUCUUGUACCUUCUUGUUCCCAUUUAUAAAACAGAAUCAGUGGUGUGAAGAGAUCUGCCUCACUGAGGCUUUGUGACGAUUAAUUAGUAAAUGUUUAUCAUGUACUGGGAAGGUGGAACACUCUGGUUUUAAUGCCGAGCAGCAUUAUAAAUUGGGCUUCUAUUUAAUUCCUCGGAAGAACAUUAUUACCCAUUAUUAUUGAGUUUCCUAUGCCAUUUAAUGGCUAUAUAAUGUUUCCAGAAAAGAUUUAACUAACCUUCUUCCACUUAAAAUUAAUUUAUUUUCAUUUCAAUGCUCUGACAGUUCAAUGAACAUCUGUAUAGGAGCUUGAUAGCCAGGGCAACGACGGCACGUGCUGAAUGCUGUCUGCUGAAUGUCUCCUCGCAACGCUGAAUACAUAUUGUCAAGGUUCAAGGAGCAGCAGCUCUCCAGCAGUCUGCUACUGUGUUUCCUUUAUUUUUUAGGGAGAAGAAAAGGUCACAAAAGAAUGCCCUUGCAUUACAUGACAGGUUGGCUGACCACCUUCCUCCUCCGCUCCCAUCCCAUUGACCUUUCUUCUCGAUGCAGGCAGGUCAGGCAGGCGACUCCAGGACAUGUAAUGAUGCUGUGCAGACAGAGGUGGGCCACAUAUGAUUUCACCCCACUUAAUUUGCCUGGACUUUUCCUAAAAAUUACUGGCCUUUAAACUGGCUGUGGCAGCUGAAAGAAGGAGUUUUCUGAAAGGAAAUUUGCAGGCAAUUAAGGAGAUUUCACCUGACAAAGGUAAUUAAUGACUAUUAGUUCCAGUGAUUGCUGCGGUGAGGUACGACUGACAAAGUGUCAAGCUGAUUUUUGCAAUGUAGUGAUUUGAGCUGCUUUGUUUAUAAGGGGCUUGUCGCUGUUUUAUUCUUGGAUCCCUUAUUUUACCUGUGCUGGUAAAGCAGCAAACUGGGACACCAGCAAAGUCAUGGUGAUCGUGAUAUGGACAUAAUUAAUGCUCCAAAUAGGAACAGUGAGGUAAAACAUCCUUGGCAAAAUCUACAUCCCCACAGUGAUACACCCUGGCUGAACAUCACGAAACUGCCAGCGUGUUCAUCAAAUUUAAGACGUGGCCAAAGAACUCUUUAAAUCACUAUUAUUUUCAGUAACACUGAAGUGCUAAGGAAGUUGCAGGAGGUUUGGAGAGCACUGAAGUUGUGCCAGUAUUUUAA